AUGGCCAACCCACAGCAGGACGCACGGCCUCCCCACACAGCGCCAAGUGCCUCCACAAAUCCCUUCCUCGCAAAUCCUUUCAUGUCUCCAUCAUCCUCCUCCCCUUCCCCUUCAGCCGCGUUCCGCACUCCGCCUCCCGCUUUCGCUUCGCCCACUUCCGCGUCCCCCGCAUUCGCUACCCCCACUUCCGCCCGCCCCGCAUUCGCUUCCCCUCCGAUCGCCGCUCCUGUGACAUCGCCAGGCGACCGCCCAGAUCCCAGCUACGCCACUCCUCAAGCCAUCAGCCGUGCUACAUCGAGAUUCGGCCCUCCGCUUCACGCACUCCCCUCCACUCCCUCUGGACCCAAAUCCAGCCCGCGAAACCCUAGCCGGGGUGGUAACCCGAUUCGGUCGCAGCCGGUGGUUUCGCAGCCUUCAGCAGCAGCGCAAUCGGCCAGUCCUCCCGCCUUCGCAGCACCUUCCUCCUCUCCCGCCGCUUGGUACGGCUUCUCUCCCUCGGCCUCUCCUAUCGCCGAACGCAGCAACGCCAAGACGAACGCGCUCGUGUCAGCAGCCGAUGCUGCUGCUACGCCGUAUAAAGCUGCUGCGUCUUCGGCCCCUAGCAGCAUCCGACGAGCCGAAGCCGAGGAACAGGUUCGGGAGAGGUUCGGUAAUGGAGGGGCGGGUAGUCAUGCGGGUAUUUGCGAACGAGUAGGAGCCAAGGGUACUGGUCCGGUUAAGGGUAAGACACAGAAGGGGACGAAAGCCGAGCCAGCGGAUCGGAUUUCUGGCUCGGCAGGGGUGAAUCCAAUGGCUGCAGCAGACUCGGGGUGGACAGGUUCGGCAGCUGCUGCAGCUGGUUCGGGUGAUGUAGGUCCAGCGAGAGGCGCAGGAGGUGCGGCUCUUCAGAAAACGGAGAAGAAUCAAACGGACGGUUCAGAUCUACAAGAUCAUAGCAGACAAAAUGGAUUGCCAGGAGGCCGUUCCCAGCCGUCCGAUCCGCAACCGGCCUGUGUGGCGUCACACAGAGAGGAGAGAAACAGAGUGACAGGCUCUCUUGCUCCUUGUACUGUUUCCAUCACGCCGCUACCAUCGGCACUGGAGAGACAGGUUUCUCCUUCCGCCUCUCCUGCUUCCGCCCCGCUGCCCCCUCACGAGACGGGCUCCCCUUCCCCUGCCUCCCUCCCCUCCCCGUCCGCCACGCCCUCCGCUACCCCGUCCGCCACCCCUUCCGCCACCCCUUCCGCCACUCCUUCCGCCACCCCUUCCGCCACUCCUUCCGCCACUCGUUCCGCCACCCCUUCCGCCACUCCUUCCGUUAUCGAUUUCGCUACCCCGUCCUCCCCCCCUUCCGCUCCCCCUUCCGCGGCCCACUCACAUCACGGCCGUGUAAAGCGCAGCGCCAGUGACAACAACUGUCCGAGCCAGUCCACGCCCUCCUCUGCCAAGCCUGCCGUCCCGCCUCCCAGCCGAACCUCCUCCGCAGGCUCGGAGCUAGGCAAGGGCGCAGCGGCGGCGGCUGCAGCUGCUGUGGCGGAGUUUUCAGCGCGCAGGCAGCACAUGGGCGCGGAAGCUGCAGGGGCGGAGCGGGGAAAGGGGGGAAAGACGCCUAUAGGAGCAGCAGCAGGUGCAGCAGUGGUAACGACAGGAGGAAGAGAGAGAAGGGAGGGUUCAGGCAGUGCUAAGGAUCGUCCCCCUGGGGGCAGGGGGAAGGGGGGGGCAGUGGCGGGGGGGGUGUGGUGGGGGAGGGCGGUGGUGGGGGCGCUGCAGCAGCGGUCAGCGGGGGGAAUGAGGCGGCUGGCGCUGCUGAUUGCGCUCAACUCCGCGUAUUCCACUGCGGAGCUCAUAGUGGGGCUGCUCAUAGGGCGAAUAGAGCUCGUGUCUGACUCCUUCCAUCUCUCCUUCGGCUGCUGCAUCCUGCUGCUCUCCCUCGCCGCCAUGCUCGUGGGGAAACGCCCUGCAGAUGCCACCUUCACCUACGGCUAUGAGAGGCUGGAGGUCCUAGCAGCCUUCACCAACGGGCUCUUCCUUCUCUUCCUCUCCUUCUCGCUAGCAGUGGAGUGCCUGCAUGCUUAUAUCGAGGAUGAAGCAGAGCACAAGCACUACCUGGUGCUCUCUGCAGUGGUUCAUCUGCUCAUCAACCUCCUCGGAGUCUUCUUCUUUAAAAGCUUUGCCCGCCGCACAAUAACAUACCAGAGACCAAGGGACAUGAACCAUCAUGCCAUCCUGCUUCACCUUCUCUGUGACUCCAUCCGAAGUGGUGGAGUUGUGCUCGCCUCGUGGUUCAUUGCCAUUGGGGUGUACUGUGCAGAGGCCAUCUGUCUGGGCCUCGUCUCCCUCACAGUGCUGGUGCUCGCGCUGCCAUUGGUGCAAUCGUCCGGCAAUCUCCUGCUGCAGAUGGCCCCUGCAGGCAUCUCCGAACCCGCGCUGCACAAAUGCAUUCGCCAUGUGGCGGCAUAUGAGGGGGUAGAAGAAUGCAUAGAGCAUCGCUUUUGGGCAGUGGUCCCUGGACAUGUGGUGGGAACACUUACUGUUCGGGCUCAUUCAUCGGAUAUGACUGCUGACGUGGAAAGCUCCCACUGUCUCUACCCUCUCCUCUCUAUGGCGCGUUCCUCGCCUGUCCCCGCUGAUCCCGGUGCGUCCGCGUUUGCAGCGUCCUCUCUUCACAGUACAGCAACCCCUCCCUCAGAGCCGUUUAGAGAGGAAGGAGAGCAGCUUCAGUCCGUUAGGCCGUUCGAUCUAUCGCUACCCUCACGCAAUUCGUUCUUAACUCCUCAAGCCGCUCGGCCUUCCAUAGUCAUGUCAGAGAUUAACGCUGCAGCAACGGCUACAGGCUCGGCAAACCUGGCCAAUCAGCAGCAUUUUCUCCAACCAAGCCCUUGCCUCCAAUCGCCGGUUGACGUCAGUUUACCGAUCGCCAUUCCCUCCGCUCUUCGCGGGACGGCGGUAGUGGCGGUAACUGGCGCGGGGAUCGAGGCGAAUGCGCUAAGCCCGCAUUCCACGCUUAGUGGCGGAAUAACGCACAAGCUGUUCCUUAGCACGCAAUCCUUCCGCAGUUUUCCUCCCAACCUCCCCCUUUCUGCGCUUGGCUCAUGCUCCUCCUCGGGAUCGUCCGGGGCCUCCUCCCCCUGUGGCGGAACGGAACGCGGUUCGCAGUCGCUUUCCGUCAAGCGACAUCACGGGGGGUCGGAGAACUUGCUGAAACGGAUCAAUUUUAGCAUGUCGAUGCCGAAUUUGAACGGGUGGUUGAGGAAUAAAGACAGGCGGUUCGACGAAGGCGCCGGAGGUUCCGCACACGGGCCGGACGAGGGGAGUGACUUGUCGGCUAUUUUCGAAGUGCCGCAAAGCGUGGCGCAAAGUGCGGAGCGAAACGCGGUUCAGAACGCCGUGCAAACUGCCGUGCAGAAUGUAGAUGCGGGGCAAACGGCGAUCACGCUGAGCCGAAGCCACAAGGAACCGGUGCGAGAGGUGUCGUGGACUGGCACCGCGGUUGUGAUUGAAGACGAGGAGACUGCAGCGAGGUCGCCAGGCGAGUCAUCGCGAGGAAAGUGGCGGAUCACGCGAAGCAGUCGCAGCCAUCGGGAGCAUCACUCGCGAACAGGCUGGGCGACGAUUGGUGACAAGAUUCGCCUGUCAUCGCUGUCGUCGAGUCGGCUACUGCCGUCGAGUCGGAGGAAUUUUCUGAGAAACUCUCCAGGGUCGAUGAAUUCGAUAAGCCUCACAGGGCCCUUGGGUCCCGCGGGAGGGGAGGAUUUUAUUACCAUGAGCCUUGGCCAAUCCUGUGGUCCUUCUGCUCCGGAAAAUCCGCAAAGGCCGGCCGGAGGCGCGGCGGAAGCGGCGGUCGUGGAAGGGGCGCGCGAGGGGGAGGCAGCGGACUGCGAGGGUGGAGAGCAGGAGCUGUUAGGACUAGAGGCGGAGGAAGGGAUAGUCGUCUCCUGGUCUUUAAAUAACGACGCUGCGGCGCGGGGGAACGGCGGAGCGACGUGCGCAUCGGCGGAGGGAGCGGAGUGGGCAGAAGGGGUGGCGGGGGAGGACCGCAUGCAGGUGGUGGCCUCAGGUAAUGGCUACGUGUUUUCUGCCGUGUAUGACGGAUUCACCGAUACGUCAGCAGCCGAUUUUCUUGUCGCUAAUCUGCACUCGCGCUUCGCCCAGCAAUUAGUUGCCCGCGGGUUGGAUUUCGGAGAGGCAAACUCGAAUGCCUCGUCGGUCCCGGCGGAAGGAGCUGCGCAGAAAGAAGCGGAGGCGAAAGACACAUCGCGGCGACACGAGAUGGUCCUGCAAGCACUAGCGGCGGCGCUGAGCGAAACCGAAGCGGCGUACUUUGAGUCGUUAGAGGAGCGAAUGGCGGAGCAGUUAGAGCUGGCGGUGGCGGGCGCGUGCCUCGUGGUUGCCGUGGUGGCCGGGCGUGAGCUUUACGUUAUGAACCUCGGGGACUGCCGCGCCGUGGUUGUGGCGGAGGACGGGCAGGCGGGGCAGGCUGGGCAGGCGGGGGAAGAGGGAGAGACGGGAGAGGAGGCGGAGGCGGAGGGGCGGAAGAAGCUGGCGGAGUUGCGGGCGACUCAGCUGACGGAGGACCACAACACGAGCAACGAGAAGGAGGUGGAGAGGUUGAGGAGGGAGAGGGCGGACGAUCCCGACGCCAUCACAAAGAUGCGAGUCAAGGGCAAGCUCAAGACCACCAGGGCGUUUGGUGCCGCCUACCUCAAGAAUCCGCGAGUCAACGCCAUGCUUCUCGGCAUGCUGCGAGUGCAGUACGUGGGGUCUCAGCCCUACCUCUCCUCCUCGCCACACCUGCACCACCUCACUCUCUCCCCCUCCCACCGCUACCUCGUCCUCUCCUCCGACGGCCUUUAUCAACACAUGACUCCUGCCGACGCUGCUGCCUCUGUGUCCCGCGCACUGGCUGCUGUGGAUAAGGCUUCUGGCGCUGGUAGCACCAGUGCUGAGGGUGGUUGUGGGAGCCCGUGUAAGGGCGCUUGUGGGCCGAAUCUUUCGCAUGCGCUGGUGCAAGAGGCGCUUGAUCGAGCUGCGAGAAGAGCAGGAACGUUUGAGAGCGUUCGGAGAAGCCAUUCAGUGGCGGAUGGAAGGCAUAGAGACGACAUCAACCCUGCUCAACAUGGGAGGCACCUGUGGGACAUCCGACGGCACACAACACCCCCUGCAGCGGGAUUUAACGACCGCUUCACCGCUCUGCACUCCUCACAACCUCUCCCAGCACUGGGUCCUUUCCGUUCAGAGAGCGGCAGUGCAGCAGCACAUAUGCCUGGCUACUCCCAUGGAUUGGCACCAGGAGUAACAUCAGGGGUUUCAUCAGGAUUGACCUACACAGGGAUGCUGGAAGGCGGGCCGUCAGCAUUGGAUCCUGGAGGGAGGGGGUUCAGUGCGCUGAGUGAAUUUGAUGCAGAGGUGGCUGCAGCAGGGGGGAAGCAGCAAGGCGGCAGCAUGAUGCAAGCGAUGCAGGCUGCAAUGGGAGAAGACCCUCGGCCUUCCCUUGGCGAUUCCAAUCAGUUUCCAUGGUCCUCCUUGGGGCACAGAGCUGGGGGAUAUGGGGCAUCAGCACUUGAUUACUCAUCUCGCCUGUCCGCAAUGGGGAUGGGUUUGGGGUCAGGAGGAACUGGAGCUACAAUGAUGCAAGGAUUGGAAUCUCUCAACUACCAACAGCUUUCCGGAAGGGCACAGGGGCAGGGGAUAACAGGGGCUGAUGACUUUCCCGGUAUGGUGGGAGCAUCAUCUGGGGGGCUGUCUCAUAGGCUAGCUAUGGAUGAAGGAAGGAUGCUCAUGGGUCAAGCGGAGGCUGGCAUGGAAGGGAUUGGAAGCGGCACUGGCUUGGCAGGAUUCUUGCAGUACCACCACCAUAGCCUGGAUCCGUCGCCGCUUCCCCGCACACCAUCAGGCCAAGUCAUCAUGCCAUCCGGCCACGUCAGCAUGUCGGACAGAGCGUACCUGCAGCAGCCGGCCAGCACCUCGUUCCAGAGCCUCCUCACUGCUCCGGAGGAGAGAGGUCUACCCGGCUGGCCUGACAGGGCGCUAGGCUUCGAUGCCGGCCCAUCUUUUGGCGGUGGUGGUGGUGGCGGUGGCGGUGGUGCGUCCAGUGCGGGCAUGACUGACGCCAUGCUGUGGUCCGCUAGUCUCCACAGGGAUCUCCAAGAAGCAGGCAGGCUGGGAGGAGCUGCUAGAAUGGGUUCUGGUGGAGCUACGGCUGCUGGGGUUCAGGCACAGCAGCAGCACGAGGGGGGUCUGGAGCAGAAGCAGCGUCAGGGUGAGCCGGGAGUGGGAGGUGCGGGCGGUGAUGGGAAAACUAUUGAGGCAGAGAGUGGGGCACUGGACGCUGGUGCGGAUGGGGCACAGGGGGAUGAUGCAGGGGGGGUUGGUGGGGCAACACAGGGUGGAUUGGAGGGCGGUGAGGGGAAGGGGAGCGGAGGAGCAUCAGAGGGGGAGGGAGGAGAUGGGGGUUUGCAGCGGUCGUCACGGCUGCCUCCCUGGGCGAGGAAACAGCUGGAGCAGUCAGGAAGGGCCCUCGGGGGCGACCCUUUCCGUGUGUCCUCCCCUCGACUCGCCUCCUCUCCCCAUCUCUCCUCCCAAUUCUCCUCCCCGCUCUCUUCCCCACACCUGCCAUCUCCCCUCUUCUCCCCCGGCCAGCCUUCUCCAUUCUCCUCCCCUUGCUUCUCCCACCUCCCCUCCCCUCGCCUGGCCGAAUUCCAACGCCUCUCCAUCUCCAUCCCACCCAGCCCUCCCCCUUUCGGCGCACACUCCCCCUUAGGGGCGUACACACCCAUGGGCGCACCCUCCCCCUCUUCCAGAAUCCCUGGCUCCUUCCCCUUCCCCACGCAUUCCCCCCUCUCUGGUGCCUUUCCUUCCGCCAGCCCCAACACCCCUUCUGUGGCCAAAAUCUCCCCCAGUGUAGCUGCAAGCAACCGCAGCAAGAGGAGGCUGGCCCUUCGCGCCCACCACUCAGGGGCGCAUAUCCCUGGUAGAGGGCGGCACACAGGGGGAAGAGGCGGAGGUCUUGGGGGAUCCCUGGGGUCCCCAAGAGGGAGCGGACGAAUGGGGCAGCAGAGGAUGAGGGUGCAGGGGACGUCUGGGGGUUUGAAUGUGGGUGGAGAAGGGAUGGGUGGGACGGGGUACGAGCAGGGAGCGGCGGGUGUGGCAGCGCAGCAGAUGAGUCCGGGGCAGGUGAUGGUGCAUGGGAAUGUGAGUGGCAGCAGCAGUGGCGGGGGAGUUAUCGGUGGCAGCAGGCUGCGACCACAGGCUUCACUGACCGAGUCCGAAGGCAGGGGGUCUCUCACCCGGUCGGAAGGGGAGGGAAGCGGAGGCAGUGGCGGCAGCAGGGGCACGGCACUGGCAAUGCCACGUAGGAUCGCCAGCAUGGAGGUCACCGGUGACGUUGCAGGGCCUGCUGACGUGGAUGGUGGUGCUGACGUGGACUCCAAGUCGGGCGGGUCUGCUGGCAGCACGCCAAAGCAGCUGCAAGGCGUGUCCAACCAAGAUUUGUCUCCAUCCACAGGCACUGGCUUCCGUGGCUAUGGCUCCAAGAGCAAGUCAAUAGGCGUGUUGUUUGAGAAGCUGCUGACGGCCAGUGACACGAGCCACCUGGGCAGGAUCGUGCUGCCCAAGAGCAAGGCAAUAGGCGUCUUGUUUGAGAAGCUGCUGACAGCCAGCGACACAAGCCACCUGGGGCGGGUGGUGCUGCCCAAGGUGCCGGCAGAGCGCUUCCUGCCACACGUGGAGAGCAAGGAGGGCAUUCUCAUCAUUGUUGAAGACUCCAUCGGCGGCCAGUGGUGCUUUCGCUACAGGUAUGCUCCUUCGAUAGUGUUGGUGCUUGUGGUACUGAUGCUGAAGGAGCAAAAAGCGCCACCAGCAGUGCUCGCCGCGCCUCCCACCGUCGCCAGCCCAUCCAUCCUCGCCGCCCCCACCACUCCUGCGCCCGUCCUCGCCCUCUCCACGCACCCUGUCCCGCUCUCUGCUGUCCCCAUCACCCCCUGCAUCGCACCUGCUGUGACCGUCCCUAUCACCCCUUCGCGAGCCCCUCUCUCUGCUCUCCCUACUAUGUCCAGCGUAACACAGGACGUCCUACCCCAGUUCCCACCUCCACCUACGUCCUCCUUUGGUUUCCUCCAGCACAGACCAGACCUGCGUCCUCAGCCCCACUCCCUCCCUUCCCCACAGUCGCUCCUCCUUUCACACUCACUCCCUCUCACUCGCUCCAUUGAUCGCUUUCAGGGGAGUAUCAUGCAGGGAGGUGAGCAGAUAGAAAGCGUCCCUCCUACCCAAGACCCACUUCAGGUGGACCCCCACCUCCCCUCUCCCCACAGCCACACGCCCCGCCCUCUCAGGCUGCUCUCCGCAAAGAAGGCAGCAGAGGCAGGAGCAGCAGAGGCAAGUGUGAGUGGUGCUGCGAAGUUAGACUUGAAGGAGGGUUUCGAAGGGAGCUGGCAGACUGCUGCUGCCAUGGCCCUGCUCCCUGGCGAUCAGGGUUAUGAGGAGCCAACUCGCGGUUUUGGGCAGCCAAGCAGUGGCUUUGAAGACCCUAGCUGCAGUUAUCAUGUGCCGAGCGGCCGUAUUGUGCAGGAUCAGGAGAAUUGUAUCGUUGGCCAGUUGCAGUAUUACGGUGAUUUGGUGGGAGGAAUGGUGAGGGGCGACGAGAAGGGAAUGGAGAGAGGAGGGAGGGCGAUGGAAGAGGAGGGGUUUGCGGCGAUGGGUGCUGGAUUGGGUGAGACGGAAGCAGACCGGCCUGCACACAUGGGGAAUCAUCUAGAUGCCCUUAUGGAAGAUGCAGAGACAGAGGCGGCUUUGGGUGAGAAGAUCCUGGUUUUGAGCUGA